UCUCGCGACGCUUCCGGUGGGGAUAGAGACCGUCCUGGAGACCGUCGUCGUCGUCCAGGACCAGUGAAUGGGGAAGUGAAUCAUCCAGCAACCAACCGACUGACCGAGAGGGUCGCCCGCGCAAGGAAUCCUAAUCGUCUUCGAGCUCGAGCGGGAUUUCUGUUUGUUUCGGCCACUUUUUCGUUUGGUUUCGUUGGUCCUGUUUUGAUUUUUUGAUUGUUUUAUCUCCACUUUUCAUUUUCCUGUGGUGUGCUUGGAAACUCGCAUCGCAGCCAGCAUCAUUGGUUUGCCAUUUUUAGUGUUUCUGUUUCCCCUCGUUCGUCUCUAUUUGCUUCUGUUUGCCCGGUAUUCUUUCCUUUUGUGUCCGUCGCUUUCGUUCAAACCCGUUCUCUACGUUUUGGCCAUUGUGUACGAUCGUCUACGCUUGAUUUUCGCGGAGUUUUAGCCUUUAACGAUGUCCCACGUUCGUGCACCGCUCGUUGAUGAUGCGCUACAUUAGACAAGGGCUCACAGGGUUGCCCAAGGUGACGCUGGUCAUAGCAGUGCUUUCCGUUUGGUUUGUACUGCGUCACGUGAAGGCACAAGAAGGUGGAGCAAUCGUGCCAAUCGAGAGCGAUGGAAAUGAGUCGAGCGAGUAUUACCAUCUGGAGAUGGAUGCCAGUGCCGAAGUUAAGGAGCGCCAGAUGCAAGAACUGCGCGAUAAGCUCGCCGGUAGAACGCUCCGUGUCACGACGCUUCAGGACUGGCCACUCAGCUACACGGUCAAAGUCAACGGAAGCAUGGUCGGUGGUGGGGUCGCGUUCGAUUUGCUCGAGUUUCUGAUGGAAAAGUUCAACUUUACGUACGAGCUGGUGAUGCCGCAGCUCAACAUUGUCGGUUCAUCGAACGAUCUGUCCGGGAGUGUGCUCGAGCUGCUAUCGAACGGGAGCGCUGAUAUGGCCGUCGCCUUCCUACCGAUACUGGCCGAUGCCCGGCAGUACAUCCGCUUCUCGACCGGGUUGGAUGAGGGCGAGUGGAUCAUGAUCAUGGUGCGGCCGAUGGAGUCCGCCAGUGGAUCUGGUCUGCUCGCUCCGUUCAAUCGGGACGUCUGGAUACUGAUCCUCAUCUCGCUGCUAGCCGUCGGUCCGAUCAUCUACGGAUUGCUGAUCUUGCGUCACCGGUUGACGAAGGAUAAGGAACAGAUACUGUACGGGCUGCCACACUGCGUAUGGUUCGUGUACGGUGCGCUCAUGAAGCAGGGCAGUACCCUGUCACCGACGGGAGACUCCACACGCAUCCUGUUCGCCAGCUGGUGGAUAUUUAUCACGAUCCUGACCUCCUUCUACACGGCCAAUCUGACCGCCUUCCUGACGCUCUCGAAGUUCACGCUGCCAAUCAACAACGCCGAGGACGUGCUGAGGAAAGAAAAAUUUUUCGUCACCAUCCGAGGUGGUGCGGUGGAAUACGCAAUAAAGAAUCGCGAUGAGACGCUCAACUCGCUGGUGUCACUGGUGGACAAGGGGUUGGUGGACUUUACGAACAACAUCAACGAUAGUGACACGCUGGCGGACCGGGUCGCAAAGCACAACUACGUGUUUGUACGAGAUCGACCCGCCAUCAACCAUGUGAUCUAUUCGGACUAUCUGGUGCGCCGGAAGAUCAAUCCGAUCAACGAGCGGGUACACUGUCCGUAUGCGACGGCUACGACCCCGUUCCUGAAGCGGAACCGUGCCUUCGGCUAUCCCCUGUGGACCGAGUGGAACCGGCUGUUCGAUCCCGAGUUGCUGAAAAUGGUCGAAGGUGGAAUCAUCAAGUACAAGCUGAACGACCGGUUGCCAAAGGCUGAAAUCUGUCCACAGAAUCUGGGCGGUACGGAGCGGCAGCUGAAGAACCGGGACCUCGUCAUGACGUACUUCGUGAUGGUGACCGGUUUUGUAACGUCGAUUGUCGUGUUCGUGACCGAGCUCGGUUUCCGGAUGCUUAAUCAGCGGAAACUUAAGGAACACCUUCGCUCACAGCAACAACAGCAUCAGCAACAGCAGCAGUAUCCAAACGCACGAAAGUCUCCAACGGAGCGAAUCUCCUAUCUGGGGCAUCGGUUUGUGGCCAGCGAUUCACCACCACCACCGUACGCGGAAGUGUUUAGCCGCCAUCAGCACGGAACGCUGGGUAGCGAGCGGACAGGCAAGCUGUUCGGCAUGAACCUCGGCUAUGGGUUAGAACAGGGCACCGGUAACCGGCAGAUGAUCAACGGUCGGGACUAUAUGGUAGUGCCGGAGAAGAAUUCGCUCGGUCCACGGCUCAUACCGAUGAGGGCCCCUUCGGCGGCCAUCUUUCAUUACUCGUACGCCAACUGAGCACGCGGGAAGAAGGGUGAAAACGAAACACUUUGCACACACCACACACUUGGAUUACCAGAUCACCAUGGAGACAGGAUGCGUAAAACACGCUUGCAGAUGCAGAUGAGCUGAAUCAAACAGGACCAGGUGAGGUGAGAGACAUUUUGCAGCUCUUCGCUCCCCAUGAGCCUUAUCAACCCACUCCUCCCUGGUGAGAAAUAUGUAUGCACUAUUGUGUGUUGAUUGUGUGAAAAUGGUACAUUAACCAGAUAACAAAACAUAAACUUAAACGAAUGAUUAAACGGCAAACCAGCGCUAGCUGAAGGCAUCUGGCACUGCACCGGUGUGAUUUGUUCUUGCAUGACAACAAUUUGCAUCAAAUGAUUAAUCAAAACAAAUGACUUGAAAAUGUUGAAAUGAUUUUUAUUACCCGCGAAACCAUCACGCGGAAAAGUUACAUCUAGCUGAGCCCCGCUAGUACGUAUAUUAAUUACCGAGGACUAAUUUGUCCCAACUAAAUGAUAUUGCAAAGUAUCGAGAAAACAGAUACCAAAAAUUAAUGAAAAAAAAAACAAUAAUUUGAAAUACUCGAAAUGAGAUUUAUUGAUCGGUAGAGGUAGGUGAGAUUUGAGAUAGAAUUCCACACGUAGGACGUACCGCUUGAUGAAUACUGAAUAAUGCAUAUGAACGAUUUAGAUUACUGCGCUGGGUAGGAGGAGGGAGCGAGUGAGUUGGAGGAAAAUUGAGUCUUGAAAACAUAUUAUAUCUUGCACAUUAAAUGUACCUCGGAGGGUGAGAUUGAACUUGGCAAAGGGGCGAACAGCAUAAGAUUGAUCUGCAUAACUUGGUCCGUCUGAUAUAAGAAGCGCUCAGCAGGAAGUCUCCAUUCCUAGGUUCGUUACAUUCUGCCCACACAGAUCACACAGGAAACGCACAGACCAGUCCCCACCAAUCGUAUGAU